CUGUUCCAAUGUAAGCAGCAUGGGAGUACUGGCCAUCACUUCAAUCAUAGCCAGGUCAAUGGCCGUACUGUUUUUGCCAUUAGACUUCUCAUUAAACGUGAAUCAAUAAAGGGAUAACCCUGGUGGAUUGUCUAGCCUCCUCUCCACUGAGACACUGGGGAAGGAGUUUAUAGAACUGUUGGAAUUCGGACCAUCCAAAAACUAUUCUGCCUCAAAAUGUUGUUUUCUCUAGGCCUCCUCUUCCUGCUAACCCCGUUCCCCUCUCUUCAAACUCCAGUAACCAAUGAGAAAAGAAACGCCACAGGAACAGGAAGUGAACCGAAACCCUACGUCCUACUCACCCUCGCAAAACCAAAAACCGCAGCCACGCUUGUGAAAGUCACCAAAGAGACCCCUAAGCCCACUCUGAAAGCCCUAAACCCAGCUGCAGCCAAUCAGACACAUCCAGCCCCCUCAAGCCCCAUCAAACCUCCAACAGCCACGCUCGUCAAACUCACCAAAGAGACCCCUAAGCCUACUCUGAAAGCCCUAAGCCCAACUAUAGCCAAUCAGACACAUCCAGCCCCCUCAAGCCCCAUCAAACCUCCAACAGCCACGCUCGUCAAACUCACCAAAGAGACCCCUAAGCCCACUCUGAAAGCCCUAAGCCCAACUAUAGCCAAUCAGACACAUCCAGCCCCCUCAAGCCCCAUCAAACCUCCAACAGCCACGCUCGUGAAAGUCACCAAAGAGACCCCUAAGCCUACUCUGAAAGCCCUAAGCCCAACUAUAGCCAAUCAGAUUAAUCCAGCCCCCUCAACCCCCCUCAAACCUCCAACAGCCACGCUCGUCAAACUCACCAAAGAGACCCCUAAGCCCACUGUGAAAGCCCUAAGCCCAACUGCAGGCACUCAGACACAUCCAGCCCCCUCUACCCCCCUCAAACCUCCAACAGCCACGCUCCUGCAGCCAAUCAGACACAUCCAGCCCCUCGACCCCCUUAAGCCUCCAACAGCCACGUUUAUUAAAUUCACCAAAGAGACCCCUAAGCCCACUGUGAAAGCCCUAAGCCCAACUGCAGCCAAUCAGACACAUCCAGCACCCUCUACCCCCCUCAAACCUCCAACAGCCACGCUCGUCAAACUCACCAAAGAGACCCCUAAGCCCACUCCGAAAACCCUAAACCCAGCUGCAGUGAAUCAGACACAUCCAGCCCCCUCGACUCCCCUCAAGCCUCCAACAGCCACGUUCAUCAAACUCACCAAAGAGACCCUUAAGCCCACUGUGAAAGCCCUAAACCCAACUGCAACCAAUCAGACACAUCCAGCCCCCUCAACCCCCCUCAAACCUCCAACAGCCACGCUCGUCAAACUCACCAAAGAGACCCCUAAGCCCACUGUGAAAGCCCUAAGCCCAACCGAAGCCAAUCAGAUUCUUCCAGCCCCUUCAACCCCCCUCAAGCCUCUCACAGCCAGUGGUCCAAAGACCACAACCAAAGACAAACCCUCCAUCACAAUGCCGCAUCCCAUCCCCAUCAAGGUGCUCAUCACUUCUGACUCUGGCUGCAUCAGUAAGGACACCCAGAGCGACGCUAGCAACCGCACCAAGGAGCAGACCCAGACCCAUGAGCUGAAGCUGAAGCCUGGCUUUCCUCUAACCCUGACCCACCGCAUCAGUCUGGUUCCUACCUCCUGCACCGGGGGAUGUGUGGCUGAGAUGGCAGCACUGAAAGGACGUGUUGGCAGGCUGGAGAAAGAGAUGUCCCUCAUGAAGAGUAAAUGUGCUUCCUGCUCCAAAGCCCCAUGUCACAAUGACUGCAGUGCGAAUGGGAAAUGUGAGAAGGGAAAGUGUGUCUGCCUCCCAGGGUUCCUUGGUCUAGACUGCAGUAAAUGUACAGCUGGAGCUGACUGCAGUAAAAAAGGUACCAAAGACAAAAUCCAGAUAACGGUGGAGACGGUGGCGUUGAAGGCAUCACCUGAGAGCAGUGCUAUCACAGAGAGUCUGCAGGGGAAGAAGACCAAAGCAGACCAAAUCCUCUUCCAGAAGAAAACAGAGCAAAAGAAACCUACAGCCGCCAAAGAGGAUGGUGACAUCAAAAGCAAAACGAAAGGGACCACAAGUGUAAAAGCAGGGCUCACCAAGACACAAGCCAAACAAGGGGUUACUGUCACUAAAACCAAAACCACCCAUUCCAAUGCUACCAAGACUGGACUGGGCCGACCAACCGUCGGACAGGUUCUGUUGAAACACCAUGGAGGAAGAAAGCAAGAGAGCAAAGGCAAAACGACAGUUAUAAAGAAGCUGUCUAAACCUGACCUGAAGUUGAAAGGAACAGUGAAGGAGGAAUCUGGAGGUAAAGCCAAUGCUGAAGCUGGCAACCUCCAAGACCAGCCUCAAGACAAUGUCACCCAAAGCACUGUGAAGACGUUUGUGAACAAAACCCGGUCAGGAAAAGAGACUCUGGAGCAGUCGACGUUGGCUGAGAAGAAUGUGACUCUAACAUCUGGAAAGAAAACAGUCAAAAAUGUGAAAUUAGUUCAGGGGACUAUGAACGUUACAAAGGUGUCAUUGGCUUUUGAUAUCACUAAGGCUGGGACGGGCAAGAUCACCCUUACAAAGGACAUUAAGACAGAGGCAGACAUCUCCUCAGGCACAUCUAAAACUACUGUGAAGACAGGGUCAGGCAAAGGGAAGCCAGUCCCACGGAAGAGUCAGUAUGUUGUGAACAUGACCACUGUGGAGACCACCUCUGAAGUCAAAGUCUUCAGCAACAAGACAGCAACUAUCCAGUCUUCCAAAAACACCACCAGGAAAGCAGGAACAGGAGUGGGCCGUGGACUUGGCUCUGUGAAGGUUCAGAACAUCACCACGUACGGCUUCACCCUCACAUGGUCGGCCCCAACAGCCAUGUUUAAGAACUUCACUGUGUCCAGAAGAGUGCACAGGGCAGAGGGUGAGGAAGAGGAGGAGGAAGAGGCGGAGGAGGGAGCUGCUCUCAGGGAAGAGGACAGAGUAGCUGGAGUCGUAAACUCCACCAUUGAGAUCCGAAAACAGAGCCCUAAUGGAACCGUGGCUUUCCCCACUAAAGCUCCCGGUAGCUCCAGAGGUAAAGCUCACACAAAGAGGGUGUCCGUUGUUCUCCCCGACAGCGUUCGCUCUGUGGAGUUCAGUAACCUGCGACCUCAGACUCGAUACUCCCUGCACAUAUGUGGCACCACUCCCGGAUCCCGCUCCAAGAUUCACAGAGUAACCACCAUGACAGGACCUGAGCCACCGACUGAGCUGGUGUUUAGUAACGUGACAGAAGCAUCUCUUUCUGUGUCCUGGUCCAAACCAAAGAACAAAAUCUCCGGCUUCAAAAUCACAUACUCUCACUCAGUCACGGGAGAGAGUGGUUCUGUGUCUGUGGAUUCCCUGCAGUCCCAGGUGUCUCUGUCCAAGCUGUCCUCGGGGGCCACGUACGAGGUCAGUGUGAUGUCCAUCAUGGGGAAGAGAGAGAGUGAUCCCCUCAUUGCCAUCAUGACCACAGUACCUGCCCCUCCAACUGUUCUCCAAGCAAUGAACGUAACAGAUACCAAGGCAGUGCUGCAAUGGACCCCCGCCAUGGGCCAAGUAGACCGCUUCAUCAUCAGUUAUGAGUCUGCAAAAACUCCCAAUGUAACAGUGACAGUGAUGGUGUCUGGUAACUCAGUAGAGCAGCAGCUGAGAGGGCUGCAGAGAGACACCGUGUACACAGUCAAAGCCCUGAGUCAGAAAGACAGUCUGCAGAGCACAGCCAUCACUACCACCUUCACAACGGCCAGUGCUGUGAAGGCCGGUGAGGUGGGCGCUCGUUCUGCUGUUGUAUCAUGGAAAUCCCCCAGUGUUGCGUUCAGCAGAUACAGAGUGACCUAUCAGACGGCAGGAGAGGAGGUCAAGGAGGUGAUUCUGGACUCCACGGUGACGGAGUACAAGCUGACUGGACUGUUCUCUAUGUCUAAGUACACGGUGCUGGUACAGGCAGAGAGAGAGGGGCAGUACACAUCUAUUGUCACCACUGAGUUUAUCACAGGAAAACUGCGCUUCCCAUUCCCCACGGAGUGUUCCCAGGAGCUGCUGAACGGAGCGCUCCAGUCAGGAGAGGUGGAUCUUUACCCAGAGGGCAAGGAAGGGAAGGCAGUCAGAGUCUACUGUGACAUGGAGACUGAGGGAGGAGGCUGGACAGUGUUCCAGAGGAGAAUGAACGGGAAGACAGAUUUCUUCAGAACCUGGAGUGACUACACUAAUGGCUUUGGAAACCUUAGCGAGGAGUUCUGGCUCGGUAAUGAGCUGCUUCACAACCUGACCAGCAUGGGCCCGGUGAGCCUGAGAGUGGACCUGCGUUCAGGCAACGAUACGGCCUACGCCCAUUACUCCAGCUUCACCAUCGACUCAGUGGAAAAACACUACGCCAUCGAGGUGUCUGGAUACACCGGCACUGCAGGUGACUCCAUGAGGUACCACAACGGGCGCCCAUUCUCCACCAGAGACAAGGAACCCCUCCCCCUGGGCAUCCACUGUGCCAGGGCCUACAUGGGCGGCUGGUGGUACAAAAACUGCUACAAGACCAACCUCAACGGCCUCUAUGACACCAAAAGCAACAACCAGGGUGUGGUGUGGAUAGACUGGAAGGGCAAAGACUCGUCCAUUCCCUUUACUGAGAUGAAGUUCCGACCGGCCGGGAUCUCCAUCACAACCCACGGAUAAGACUGUCCUCUGGCUCGUCCACCCCUAAACCCUUUCUUUGAGAAACAGGAAAGUGGAGCACCAAGAGACCAUAAACGUGUGGAUGUCACACUUCCUGCAUCUCAAAUUCCACCUCAACUUGCAUGUCCAGUGGUCUUAACAGCCGUCACGACAGACAGCGUAUCAGUCUGUACUUGUACAGUGCAGUGCACCAGGCUCCUGUUCUGUACCUUUAUCAUGCUGUCUCUCUCAGCUGUAUCUGUAGACAGGAAAUAUUUGUGAUUGCAGCAUUUUGUAUAGUAUUGUUUUAUGACCCAACUCUUACCGUCUCCAACUCAAUGACUGUUCUACUGCUCUGACACCAAAGCAUCUCUACCUGAUGCACAUCACAAGGUUACCACCCCACUACUACUGUAAUAAAACAUGCACUGUCUCACUCUAUUGCAAUAAAUGAGGCACAUGAAUGCCUGG